ACCGCGCACAUCAACCUAAUUCAAAAUCGUCGGCAGUGCUGCAUAGGAUUUUUUUGAGAAUGCCUCCAAAUAAGUGCAAUUUUGGAUGUGAGGGAAAGUUUACCGUGUUCAGCUUCCCCAAGAACCUAGCGUUACACGAACAGUGGAUACAGUUUGUUUUUCCGUGGCAGCAACGGAGUGUAUCAAGUGCGUUUGUGUGUUCUGGUCAUUUGAGUGACGAAUGUUUUAUAAACAAGGCCCAAGUCGAUGCUGGAUUUGCACAUCGUUUGCUAUUAAAACAUGGAGUGCUCCCUGUGAUAAAAGACCCCAUUCAUGAUAAUGGCAGAUUCCAGUGGUCCACAGAAAAACUGGUACUCAAUACUAGGUGCCUGUCCAACAGAUGGCAUACAAGAACUGAAACAAAAGUAUCAGAAGCUCAUCCUCAUGUUUCACCCGGACAAGCAGAGGCCGGACAUAUCAGAAGGUGAAGCUGAGCAGCACAUUCAGCGAUUCAUUGAUGUCGGCCAGGCUUGGAAGAUCUUGAGUAAUGAGGAGAGCCGGAAGAAGUACAACCUCCAGCUACGGGAAAAUUUGACAACCCCCACCCCAUUCUGGAUGAUAAGGGUCCUGUGUGAAAGGAGAGUACAGCCAACCACAUGGCAGGGCAGGCGCGGUGUCCUGGGCGGGGGCCGUAUGGAAGGAUUUUAGGAAGAGGGGGUGGAGAAGAAGGUGAGGCGUAAGGGGAGUGAUCCCCCAACCGUGCUCCACACCCACCUGCAGGGUUACAGUCCUCUCUCCUGCCCUGAACCCCAUCUGGAGCGGGAUGGGAUUAGACCAGGCCUGACAAGAGGGCAAGAAUAACUAUGGAAAAAGUUCAACACAAACUGCAUCUAUUCUAGCUUUUUCCAAUUGUGGGCUUUUUUUUUUUUUUGUAUUACAGCCUUUUUUUAUUUCACAUUAUACAAUGUUUUUGACCAUUUUAAUCAUAUAUGAGAAUUUUAUAUUUAAGUUUUAAAGUUCCCAUGAUCCUGUGAAUAUUUAAGACAAUCACAUGUAUAAGACAUAAAUACUGUACAUGCAAUUGUUAUG